GGCUGGAGGAGGGAAGCAGCACGGGCGGUACUAUAUGGCCCACAGCGCCAUCGACCCGACCACUGUGCCCACGCUCCGCCAGGUGCGACAGGCGAGCAGCACGACCUCCUCCGACGUCCCCAUACGAGCUCGGCAGCCGUCUUUCCAGUCCCAGUUGGCCGAGUUGCGGGCCAGGCAGGAGUCCGCGGAGGAGGCCCAUCGGCAGGAGAUAGCGCGCCAGAACGAGGCCCAUCGGCAGGAGCUGGCGCGCCAGUUCGAGGCGUUUCAACAACACCAGCAGCGUCAGAUGCAGGACUUCGCCAACUACUUCACCUCCCUUCAGAUCCCUGGUGUAGUCACGCCUCCGCUGCCUGCCUCGCUGUUCGCUCCACUCCCUCUUCCAGGCACUGUAGUACAGUCUCCAGUGAGUAUAUACGAGUGCAUAUUGUUUUGUCUUCUGCGGACAUCAUGCAGGUACUAAUGACAUCGCUUCUACUUUGUGAAGGCACAGUCGCACGGAUCGAACCCGACUCCUCAAGACGGCGCUUCUCCAGGCCAUGGGU